UUGGCCGUCAGCUAAUGGGAUGACAGGUGGCGAGUUAAUCCUCGGGGCCAAGAAGCGGCACACCCACGGCCGGCACCCGCUCGCUCACGCACUCCGUCCGCUCCCGUGAUUCAUCGGGCGCCAUAUUGAAGCGACAGGUUGUUCCGCAGAAAACGCACGCAAACGUACUCGCUCCCGGGGGUGAGCGCCCCCAAAAGAAGUGAGUGAUGUGUUGGGACGGCUGAAAAGAUGUUGGGCGGAAGACGGGACACUAUUUAGCGGUGAAGAAGAGAACACCGGGGGCUACUUUAAAGGUUAUUGCCAUGGCGAUGAGGCCCGUACGAUCAGUUUCCGAGAUCUACCCGUCGGUGUGCUGUGCCGUCAGCCCGUCCGUGUCCUACUCCAGCUUGACGGCGAUCGAGGGGCCCGGGGACGACGGCGAACCCCAGACGCCCAUCUUCUCCAUCUCCAAGAGCUCCGUGGACGUCUUCAAGCGGGACCCGGUGUGGGCCGCCGCGGAUCUACGCCGCAGCUCCAGCGCCGACGUCGAACAGGGCCCUCUGCAGCAGCUGCAAGGGUGGCGGCGGGUGGGCAGCCUGCAGUCGCCCGAUCCCCACGACCCGCCCGCCCUCGGCGAGCGUUGGGUUUCCAACAUGAGGCGCUGGAGCCGAUGCAGCGGCGGGGGCAGCGCGCACAGCGGCUGCAGCACGCCCGACACGGUGGUGUGGGGGGGGAGGACGUCGCGGCCCUGCAGCCUGGGGCGGGACGUGACCUGCUGCGCCGCGCCGGCCUCCCCGACCACCGUCGCCUCCUCUCCAUUCAUCUCCCCGCUGCUGACGCCCACUCUGCCGUCUGUGGAUCUCUGCACCCCGUCCACGUUGACCCCUCUGGCGUCCCCCGCCUCGCUGCCCCCUGAGCAGAGAAACUCCGAAGGGUCCCCUCUGACGUCCGCCACCCCACCGCUGAAGCCCUUUUUCCGGGCGACGAACACGGAGGAUGACGCCUUCCCGGGUAAACGUUUGCUUUAUUUCCAGUAUCCCUCCCCGAUGGCGUCUUCCGUGUGCUCCGAGGAGGGCCCGUUGCCCUCCCCAGGAUGCCCGACCGAAGAGGAGACGUCGCCGAUGUCCGAUCACCAAGCUCGAGUGACAUGCUCAGCAAAUGAGGAGCAGGAACUGGACGAAGGCGUGUCGGUGUGCCACCUCCAGUUGCCCUGGCAACCACAGCCAAGGAGGCCGCCGCUGGUCUCCUCCUUAAGCGACUCGCUCCUGGGUGAGGGGUGCAGAUGCUCCAGAGCGGCCCCCCAAAGGGAGCCGUUCUUCAAGGAAAAGGCUCGUCGGGAAGUGGUGGACGCGGCCGUUCAGACGCUCUCCCCUGCGGGCUCAUGUUUGGACCUCCGCAGGACCACCUCGCCGCCUGGAUCCAAGUUGGACCUGAAGGCCUCGUUGGGUUCCAACUCCAACCUGGUGUCGCCGUGCUCCAGCAUGUUCCCGCCGGGCGAGGAAGAAGAGGAGGAGGGGAAGCCAAAAGACGUUCUGGAGCACAGAAGGUCAUGUCUGAAGGUGCAGACCGGGGAGGAGAAGGAGGAGCUGGUGGGGAGGAGGAGGAGCAGCAUGAAGCAGGUGCAGUGGGACGAGGACGGGAUGACGUGGGACGUCCACGGCAUGUCCGUGGAACCGGAGGUGCUGAGCGCAGCCAUACGGAAGCACCUGGAGCUCCACAACAGCCCCCAAACCCUCAAACGACCCUCCAAGAAGAAGACCAAAGCACCCAAACCUCCUGCCGCUCCCCCUGCGGAGCUCCCCGACGCGACCCCUCCCUCGCGGGACGGGGGAGGCAAAACGGAGGAGCCGCCUACCGAGACAAGCAGAGCGGAGGGAGGAGAAGACGGAAACGACGGCGUUUCGAAAUCCCCGUCGCUCUCGCGCGGGGCCGUCCGGAAGAGGAGCGUGAUGAGGUCGCUGAGACCAGGGUGGUGUGGAGCCUCCAAAAAGGAAGACGACUAAAAUAACAAAAGAGGAGAUGCUGUACGUAUAUUGAUCACGCGCCAUGAAAAAUUCACUGGUUCAAAAGCAAAAGACUGUCCAAGAUAUUUAAAAUGCGUAGAUUGUCACGAAAAAGAAACAUAAAAAACAGAUGAGAGAAAAAAAUUCUAUUGAUGAGUAAUUAUUAUGUUACACAAAAAUAUAUUGCGCUGUUUUCAUACACAUACUAUAAGUGGUUUGGAAAAUGUUUUUUUAUUUAUGACUAACUGACUAAAUGUACAUGGCUGCUUCUCGAUUGCUGCUCUUUGGACGGACUA